AACAUAUUUUGUGAGUGUAAAAAUUUUGACUUUUGGCCAAGAAAAGUGAUGUUUCCGACCACUGUGCACUGCUACGGCGGCCAAUGCGCCCCAUUUCCCCUACAUUGGGUUCAUUUAAAGAUACAAAGUUACUUAAAAUUACUGAUGUUGUUAAGAUAAUACAGUGUUGAUCAACCAUGUAUACUGUAUUGAACCUCAAAAACUUUUAUAGUGUUUUGAAUAAGAAAUUGAUUCUAAGAAAAGGUUUUAUUCUCUUUUUUUCUACACAAAAAAAUAAUGCUUUAAUUAUGUGUCCGUCGCAAGGGACACAGUUUGUAGGGAUGCUUUCAAAAGUAGAUGUAACCAACUAUGUUUAUAAGCAGUUGAUUGACUUAGCGAAAAAUACCUUAGGCUAUAACUUGCUUGAUAAAUGUAAGCAUGGGCCGCAAGAAUUGUUAAACAGAACAUUGUACAGUCAACCAGCAAUAUUGUUAUCAACUUUGCUAAUCGCUGAAAAUAUCAAAAUGGACAAAAGUUUGAAGUGGAAAUCGAUUGUGGGUUACAGUCUUGGCGAGCUCUCUGCAUUAGCUGCUGCUGGUUGCAUUUCAUAUGAAGACAUUUUUAAAAUUGUUAAAGUUCGUGCCUCUGCCAUGGAAAAGGCUGUCAGUUCAACACCAACUGGAAUGAUUUUUUUGGAAGGUUUGACAGUAAGUGAAGUUAAUGAGUUAUGUGAUGACUUAUCAAAAACAAGUUCAAAGCGUUUGUAUUUGGCAACACAUUUGUUUGAAUAUGGUGUAACAGUUGGAGGUAGUCUUGAUCUCCUGAACAAGAUUGUGAAUCAAGAGCACUCUUUGGUAAAUAGUUUGCUAAAAGAAGACAAAGUAAAAGUUUCUAAAGUACACGUUAGUGGUGCAUUUCACACACCAUACAUGCAACCAGCACAAGAGCUGUUAAAUGAUGUUCUUCAAAAUAUAGCGAUACAACCAACGGAUAUUAAACUGUAUUCAAACGUGACUGGUAAACCGUAUGAAAAUAUAAACUGUAUAAAAAACCUUCUAGUUCGACAAGUGUGUGAACCUCUUUUAUGGUAUUCUGUUUUGCAAAGUAUUAAUGAAGAUUACUUAAACGGGUUUUAUGAUGUUGUUUUUGAACUAAGCCGCAUAAAGCAGAUUAAGACAAUGAUUGGCAAAGUAAAUAAAGAUAUGAGGGCAAAAGUUGUUAAUUUAUGGGUUUAGUUCAGAACUAAUUAAUUAACAGAUUAUUUUAAAGUUGCUAUUUAUAA